AUGAGGCCGUCUCUAUUCUCCCUCGCCUUGCUAGGCCUCAGGCUAUGCUCCGCCGCCGGAGUUCGUUCGUCUCUCGCUCCCGCGCCCGCAGUCAAAGUCCUGGACGAGAAGAGAGACCAGCUCCAGGACAUUGUGACAUGGGACGAGCACUCGCUCUUCGUCCGCGGCGAGCGGGUCAUGAUCUUCUCGGGCGAGAUCCACCCCUUCCGCCUGCCCGUCCCGUCGCUGUACCUCGACGUCUUCCAAAAGGUGAAAGCCCUGGGCCUCAACACGGUCUCAUUCUACGUCGACUGGGCUCUGCUCGAGGGCAAGGCCGGUGAUUUCACCGCCGAGGGCGUGUUUGAUCUCCAGCCCUUCUUCGAUGCCGCGACCAAGGCGGGCAUCUACCUUAUUGCGCGGCCCGGUCCGUAUAUCAAUGCAGAGGCCUCUGGGGGUGGGUUUCCGGGUUGGUUGGCGAGGUUGAAGGCGAAACUGAGGACUUCGGACCCCGAGUUUCUUUCUGCAACGGACAACUACAUGGCAAAUAUCUGCGGCAUCAUCGCUAAGGCCCAAAUCACCAACGGUGGCCCGGUCAUACUCUUCCAGCCAGAAAACGAGUACACCAACUUUGAAGAUGGCAGCAGCGCCGACGGGCCGUACUUCCAGUAUGUCAUCGACCAGGCUCGCAAAGCUGGGGUUGUCGUUCCCCUCAUCAGCAACGACGCCAAACCAGCGGGCAACAAUGCGCCAGGAACGGGUGUAGGCGCCGUUGACAUUUAUUUCCAAGGAGGUUCCUUUGACCCCUACGCUGGACCUGGAUUCGAAAAGUGUGCAGCAUUGGUUAAUCACGAGUUUGAGCGCGUAUUUUACAAGAACAACUUUGGAGCUGGUGUCACUAUAUUUAAUAUUUACAUGGCAAUCACUGAAGAGAGGAGUGUCUCAAGGGAAAAGUACUCUGAACUGAAGCUCGAGGCGCAAUUUUUGAAAGUUUCGCCUGCGUAUCUGACUGCAACGCCCGGAAAUUUGACCGUCGGAGUAUACAGCGCAACUCCAGACAUCACAGUCACGCCUUUGCUAGGGAACGGAAACGGCUCGUUCUUCGUUGUCCGGCACAGCGCCUACAACAGUCUUGCCACGACCGAUUACACGCUUCGUCUACCCACGUCGCAAGGAACCAUUACGAUCCCGCAGUCGCGCGAUCUGCUACAGCUUACCCGCCGUGAUUCAAAGAUUGUUGUCACGGAUUAUCCUGUUGGGAAUACGACUCUAUUAUAUUCGACAGCGGAGAUCUUUACCUGGAAACAGUAUAAGAACCAGACGGUUCUUGUUGUUUACAGUGGACCUGGCGAGACGCAUGAGAUUGCGAUCAAAUCGACCGCGACGCCUUUCCUCGUUGAGGGCACCAGCGUUGAUCACAACUAUGUGAACAACACCCUGCUCUUGGCAUGGGAGACAUCCAGCACUCGGCGUGUGGUGAAGGUUGACAACCUGGUGAUAUACAUUUUAGACCGCAACUCGGCAUACAACUACUGGGUACCAGACAAGCCCAGCUCCAGCCAAGGGGCAUACGGCACGUCCAUUAUGAAUCCAGACUCGCUCAUUGUCAAUGGCGGGUACUUGGUAAGAUCGAUCUCGAUACAGGAUGGCACUCUCAGAGUCCAGGCAGACUUCAACCGUACCACUGAGAUAGAGAUCAUUGGCGUCGAGCCGGAAAUCACAAAACUUGAAGUCAACGGCAAACAACUGGACCAUACAACGAACAACCUAACCAACUGGAUCGCGAACCCGUCCCUUGCGGGUGCCGCGCCCACCGUACCGGACCUCAAGUCACUCAACUGGACUUUCAUCGACUCUCUCCCCGAGACUCGCGCCGGCUACGACGACUCCGCGUGGCCUCUCGCAGACCACAAAACCACAAACAACACAAUCGCCAACCUAACGACCCCCGUCUCCCUCUUCGCCUCAGACUACGGCUUCCACACCGGCACGCUCGUCUUCCGAGGCUACUUCACCUCAAACGGCACAGAAGACAAGCUCAACAUCACAACUCAGGGCGGCUCCGCCUUCGCGAGCUCCGUCUGGCUCAAUGACACCUUCCUCGGCUCCUUCGCCAACGGUGCCGACGCCUCGGGCGAUAACACCUCCAACUACACCCUGGCGAACCUCACCGCGGGCGCGACGUAUGUCCUGACCGUCCUCGUCGACACCACCGGCCUCGAGGAGAAUUUUGUCAUCCCAGCGGACGUGAUGAAGAACCCGCGUGGGAUCAUGGACUACAGCAUCACGUCGCCCUCCGGCGCCCAAACAAACGUGACGACGUGGAAGAUUACGGGGAAUCUCGGCGGCGAGGACUACGCCGACAGGGCCCGCGGCCCCUUGAACGAGGGGGGGCUCUUCAUCGAGCGCCAGGGCUACCACCUCCCAUCGCCACCCGAAUCGGCGCUCAAUACGCAACGCUCGCCAUUCGAAGGGACAGAUGCGCCCGGCGUGGCCUUUUACGCCGCGAAACUGGAUCUGCAGAUCCCCGCCACAGACCUCGACGUGCCCCUCGCCUUCGUCUUUGACGACAUCGCAGUCUCCAACGGAACGGGCGCGUACCGCGUCAUUCUGUACGUGAAUGGAUUCCAGUACGGGCGGUAUGUGAGCAAUAUCGGUCCGCAGACCAGGUUCCCCGUGCCCGAGGGCAUCCUCCGGUACCAGGGGACCAACUACAUUGGACUAGCUGUCUGGGCGCUCGACAAUGGUGGGGCUCGCGUGCAGAACUUCCGGCUCGAUGUCGGCGAGGUGGUGACGACUGGUCGGGAAGAGGUCAAGGUCGUUGAGGCGCCGGCUUGGAGUCAGCGGGCGGGUGCAUAUUAG